AUGUCUGCGGACGAGCUGAAGGCGAAAGGCAACGCAGCCUUCUCAGCUGGGCAGCAUGAGGAGGCCAUCAAGUGGUUCUCGCAGGCCAUCGAUGUAGCGCCCAGCAACCACGUCCUGUACUCCAACAGGUCGGCGUCCAACGCAGCGCUCAAGAGGUGGGACGACGCCCUGGCGGACGCCCGGAAGUGCACGGAGCUGAACCCGACGUGGGCCAAAGGCUUCUCGCGGCUCGGGGCAGCCCUGCACGGGCUCGGGAAGCUCGCCGACGCGGCCGCGGCGUACGCGCAGGGCCUGGAGGUGGACCCGGAGAACGCGCAGCUGAAGGAGGCGGCGGCGGACCUGUCGCGGGCCAUCAAACUGCGCGUGACCAUGGCGGGCGCGUCGGCGCCGCGCGACGAGUCCGGCCUGGCGCCCGUGGCGGCGAUGCUGAGCGACCCGAACAUGAUGGCGCUGCUGGUGACGAACCCGAAGACGCGGCCGUUUUUGCAGCAGCCGGAUUUCCUGGACAAGCUGCGCGAGGUGCAGAACCAGCCGGAGACGCUCUCGAAGCACGCGGCGGACCCGCGCGUGCGCGUGGUGCUGGAGGAGGUCCUGGGCGUGAAGCUGAUGUCGCAGGAGGACGUGAUGCGGCAGGAGGCGGAGCGAGACGCCAAGUUGGCGGAGGAGCGCAAGCGGCGGGAGGCGGAGGCCGCGGAGAAGGCGCGGCGGGAGGAGGAGGAGCGGCUGCGGCGGGAGGAGGAGAGCAUGACGCCGGAGCAGAAGGAGGCGAAGAAGCGGCGGCAGGAGGCGCAGGGGCUGAAGGAGGAGGGCAACGCGUGCUACAAGAAGCGGGAGUUCGCGCGGGCGGUCGAGCUGUACACCAAGGCGAUGGAGCUGGACGACUCGGACGUGAGCUUCCUCACGAACCGCGCGGCGGUGCACCUCGAGACGGGCGACCUGGAGGCGUGCAUCCGCGACAGCGACGAGGCGGUGCAGCGCGGGCGGGAGCUGCGCGCGGACUACAAGCUGAUCGCGCGCGCGCUGGCGAGGAAGGGCACGGCGCUGAUGCGGUCGGGGCGGAUGGAGGACGCGCGCGAGGUGCUGAACAAGUCCCUGACGGAGCACCGCACGGCCGACGCGCUCAAGAAGCUGCAGGAGUGCGAGCGCGCGAUCAAGACGGCGGCGGAGGAGGCGUACGUGGACCUGGACAAGUGCAGGGAGGAGAAGGAGAAGGGCAACGCCGCGUUCCAGCAGCAGGACUUCCCGACCGCGGUCAACCACUACAGCGAGGCGCUGCGGCGCGGGCCGCCGUCGCACAACGACGAGGCGCACAAGCUCUUCAGCAACCGCGCGGCGUGCUACACCAAGCUCGGCGCGUGGUCCGAGGGCCUCAAGGACGCGGACAAGUGCAUCGAGCUGGCGCCGAGCUUCAUCAAGGGCUACAUCCGGAAGGCCAACCUGCUCUUCCUGAUGAAGGACUACGACGAGGCGCUCGAGACGUACCGCGCGGGGCUCGCGGUGGACGAGGGCGACGCGGAGCUGCAGGAGGGCAUGCACCGCACCAUCCGGCAGAUCUCCAUGGUCAACAGCGGGCAGCUCGGGGAGGAGGAGCUCAAGCGGCGGCAGGAGAAGGCGAUGGCGAACCCGGAGAUCCAGAACAUCAUGAGCGACCCGGUGAUGCGGCAGGUCCUGCAGGACCUCGGGCAGGACCCCAAGUCGGCGCAAAAGCACCUGGGCAACCCGGAGAUCAUGCGCAAGGUCAACGUGCUCGCGCGGGCGGGGAUCCUGCGCAUGGCCUAG